AUGAAAAAAAAAAUGCGAGUUGCUUUGGGAGAGCUUGCGAAAAAGAUAAACUGGAGUUAUGUGGAAAAAAUCUGGAUGCAGAACCAGCCUUACGUUCGACAACGAAGCUCUAAGCACAAGAAAUCGUCAAAAUCUUCAGCGAAAAAGGCGAUUUUCAAGGAAGUCGAUGAAAAUGGCGAUUUCAUGGUUGAAAAGUCGAGUCCGGACUUUGCUUCUGCCACUUUUUCGCUGGAAAGAGAGGUCGGCAUGAAUAAUUUAAAGAAUGAAGAUAUCAGAUUUCGAUGCUCUGCAAACCGUGUUGGGAAGAAACAAUGCAUCACGAGUUGCCUCUGUGCGAAUAUUUUUGGUGGGCAUGUUUUCGACAAGGCAAAGUGGCAAUUCAACUUGACCGAAUUCAACUGCCACUUGAUGCUGUUUAUGAUGGGUAAAAGUAUCCAGGUCUACUUGUUGCUGACGAACGAAAGUUUGCACAGAAGGAAUGUCGUUCAUUUUGGAAUCACGACACUCCGGCCGACAAUUUGCCAUGGAAUGCUGAGAGAAGCGCAAAUCUCCCUUGGCGACAUCGUCCUCGAUCCGAUGGCCGGAUCUGGUUCUCUUUCAAUCGAAGGAGCUGUCAGCUGCCAAGACCGAGCAUUCUUCAUCGGAACCGAUUUAUUCGCCCCGGCAGUGCGAAAAUGUGAGCUGAACAAGGACCAUUUGGACAAGCUGAUAGAAAAGCUGAAUUUGAAGCGGUUGAAUUUGAAUUUUGGAAUGAUGGACGCGACAGAUCUGCCUUUCAGGGAUAAUUCGAUCGAUUCGGUUGUGACGGAUUUGCCCUUUGGAAAGAGGAUUAAGGAAGUCAUGCUUGGCACGAAUAUGAGAGAACUGUACUUCAAAAGCCUGAAAGAACUCUCCCGCGUCACAAGAAAAUGGGGCGUCUUCCUCUCCUGCGACAAGAACUCUAUGAAAUACGCGAUCGACAAGCUCUGCAGUGAUGGCCUGAAACUAUGGCGGUUCAUCCACUGUCGAAUGAUCAACCAUGGAGGAUCAAGAGUGGGAAUCUAUUUAUUCCAAAAAUAUGAUUAUUUUCUGCAAUGUGCUGAAGAACAUAAUAGAAAUAAAGAAAAUAUAGAGGCAUAA